AUGCUUGUUAUACUCGCACCAUUAUACACUAUAUAUACUAAUAGACGAUCAUGGCUCACAGCGAUUCAGUGUAAAGAACAAGGUCUCACACCGAACUAUCUCAGAUAUAAAGGCGAUAUAAAGCAUGUGGCAGCGUUCGGGGACGCGGCUCAUAGAGGACCCAACUGGUACGACUAUACUUCCAGGUCUUCUGGUGAGAGUGGAAGCGAUCUAAAGAGCAGUCUCUCCUCACACUCAAGUUCUUUAGCUGAUGGAUCCAGCAGCAUAUCUACAAGUCAGUCUUCCGAGGCGUCUUCAUUAGAAACCACGGAGAAACGGCUGGCGACAAAAACCUAUCGCGUUUGCACGCCCUGCCCACAUGACAUGUUAAAAAAUUACAAAAAUAAAGGCAUCAAAUGGAUUUGUGGCGGUUACCAGCGAGCUCGGCGCUCGUUCAAGAGUGAUUGUAUGAUGAGGUACAGGAACUGCGAGGAUGGAACGAUUGAAGUCACGGUGUCUCUUAUACCGAAUGAAACCAAAAUAGAAAAUAUUAAGAAUGACCUCAGGCGGAGCGGGAAAAAGAAGAAAAAAGACAGAUCCACUUCUUCAGAAGAAGCGAGAGGUAAAGACAGUGACAGCGCGGACGUGGACAAGGAGAGCUUGGAGUUGUCGACACACGAGUUGACAUCUGAUACAGACGCCUCGAAGAGACCUGUGUCCAGCGCUGAGAGGAGAGGCUGGAGAAAAUGGCAUCGGAAAUGUACACCUUGCCCGGACGAUAUGGUGAAGAAGUGGCGAGAUCCUUCCAUAAAGUGGAUCUGCGGCGGCUACCAGCGAGCGAGACGAUCGUUCAAGAGCUCGUGUAUGAUGCAUUACAGGAACUGUCAGGAUGGAACGAUGUUCGUGAAAAUUCACGACUUCCGUUGCGCGAAUGACACCGACCUAGACCAUCCUCACGGCGAGCAUUUCUUCUACGACUACAAGGUGCCACUCAGCGACGACUCCUCGAACAGCGCCACCGGCGACAGCUCCAAGGACGACAGUGAUGAUCUUUGA